AAUUGUUAGCAGGAAGGGUUCUUCGCUCGAAAGAGGACGUGGAAGAAGACGUGGCAAGCGCUGAUGUGGGACGGGCAGAGCCUGUCUCUUGUCCACAAACUACAUACUCGCUCUCUCUCUCUGGAGAUUCAGGCACUGUGCUAAAGAGUUUAUGUGUGUUAUUUAUCUUUAGGCCCUAAUGAGGUGGUUACUCUGUUAUUCUCCCUUUAUAGGUGAGGCUGUUAACUUCGUUUAGUAACGUUGAAUGCGAUGUUACAACUCUGCUAGCUGUGCUAACUACUGGAUGUACUGGAGAUACUAUGGUGAAUACAAGCUAGCUGGUACUGCUCACCUGGAGUUAGGGAGGAGCCCCUGCUACAAUUGAGAAGCCAAGCAAGAAAAUUGAGUUACAUGAUUAAAUCUUUCAUAUUGUUUGUUCGACUUUGAAACAUAAGCCAAGGUAUCCUGCAGAAGCUCCUCAGGAAUUUUGAGAACAUCAGUCAAUUUCAUGGUUAGUCAGAUAGACCUCUGAGUAACUGACGACUUGGCCUGCCUUAUCUACUGAGCCUGGGGGAAGAUCGAAUGGAGAUGAGUUGAUUAUAUUCCAUGAAGUAAUAGCUCACCACCAGCCAAGGUUUAAACUACUUCACCUGUGGACGCUUCUAAAUUUUGCUUUCUUGAGAGGGGGCAAAAAAAAAAAAACAAACUGGGGUAAGAGGAGGUCUUUUUAAACGAGGUAGCAUCCUUCUCCCUCCCUUACAAGUUGAUGCAAAGGACAAGGCUGUGACUCCAUUGGAUUGCACUUUCAAAUCAAAAUAGGAGGAGAAGAAAGGGACAAUGGCUCUGAGUGGGAACUGCAGUCGUUAUUAUCCUCGAGAACAAGGGGCCGCAGUUCCCAACUCCUUCCCUGAGGUCGUGGAGCUGAAUGUUGGGGGUCAAGUUUAUUUUACUCGCCAUUCCACAUUAAUAAGCAUCCCUCAUUCCCUCCUGUGGAAAAUGUUUUCCCCAAAGAGAGACACUGCUAACGAUCUAGCCAAGGACUCCAAGGGAAGGUUUUUCAUUGACAGAGAUGGAUUCUUGUUCCGUUAUAUUCUGGACUAUCUCAGGGACAGGCAGGUGGUCCUGCCUGAUCACUUCCCAGAAAGAGGAAGACUGAAAAGGGAAGCUGAGUACUUCCAGCUCCCAGACUUGGUCAAACUCCUGACUCCUGAUGAAAUCAAGCAAAGCCCGGACGAUUUCUGCCAUAGUGACUUUGAAGAUGCCUCCCAAGGAAGCGACACGAGAAUCUGCCCCCCUUCCUCACUGCUCCCCGUGGACCGCAAGUGGGGUUUUAUUACCGUGGGUUACAGGGGGUCCUGUACCAUGGGCAGAGAGGGGCAGGCAGAUGCUAAGUUUCGAAGAGUUCCUCGGAUUUUGGUUUGUGGAAGAAUUUCCUUGGCAAAGGAGGUCUUUGGAGAAACUUUGAAUGAGAGCAGAGACCCUGACCGAGCCCCAGAAAGAUACACCUCCAGAUUUUAUCUCAAAUUCAAGCAUCUGGAAAGGGCUUUUGAUAUGUUGUCGGAGUGUGGAUUCCACAUGGUGGCCUGUAACUCCUCGGUGACAGCUUCUUUCGUCAACCAAUAUACAGAUGACAAGAUCUGGUCAAGCUACACUGAAUACGUCUUCUACCGUGAGCCUUCCCGAUGGUCACCCUCACAUUGUGAUUGCUGCUGCAAGAAUGGCAAGGGUGACAAAGAAGGGGAAAGCGGUACGUCUUGCAACGACCUCUCCACCUCCAGCUGUGACAGCCAGUCUGAGGCCAGCUCCCCCCAGGAGACGGUCAUCUGUGGGCCCGUGACACGCCAGACCAACAUCCAGACUCUGGACCGUCCCAUCAAGAAGGGCCCUGUGCAGCAGAUCCAACAGUCUGAGAUGCGGCGAAAAAGCGAUCUGCUCCGGACCCUGACGUCAGGCUCCAGGGAGUCGAACAUGAGCAGCAAAAAAAAAGCUGUUAAGGAAAAGCUCUCCAUUGAGGAAGAGCUGGAAAAAUGCAUCCAGGAUUUCCUCAAGAUCAAAAUUCCGGAUCGGUUCCCUGAGAGAAAACAUCCUUGGCAAUCUGAACUCUUACGGAAGUAUCGCCUAUAGGGGAGGGCUGGGGGGUGGGAGAGGAAACCAAUGUGUAAGCAUUUUGAAAUCAACCUCCUAAAAGAAAUUCAUAUUUGAAAAGAAAAUCAACAACUAACAAUACACAUUUGUUAGAACACAAUGCCCAUGGAUAUACUACUGCCUAUUUACCUAAUUUACCUUAACGCAUAAAUCCACAGGGUAGAUUUCUUCUCAGAUGUGGAAGUAUAAGAAAAUCUUUUUUGGGUUAUUUGUUUGUUUGUUAUCUCGGUCCCACAUACUGAAUAUCCUAUAUAUAAUGAGAGCCAGCUACAUAAGUGUAGCUGAGAGGCCUUGGGAUUCAUUUAUCCCAAACUGGUUUUUCUCUCAUCUCUACCUCCCUCCUUUGAAGGAGAAUAUGGUAGAAAGAGAUGUGGCCUAACGGCAUAUGUUUGAUUUUUUAAUUUUCCUUUUCUCUUUGUUUAUGGGGUAAGGGGAAACUGGCAGGUUUAUAUGACUUUUCACUCAAAUAUAUUGUGUGCCACUUUAUAUUGAUUCCGUGCGCGUGAGGAUUUGUGCAACACAAGCACAACAAAGUCUGUAUAUACACACAGCACACAUGACCCCAGGGCCUGGAGUGCUGUGGGGUGUGCCCGGCCCCAGCGGCUCUCUCCCAGGGCACUUCAGACAGAUGAGCCUCUGCUCUUUUCUUAAAACCCUUUUGGGAAGAUUUCCCAGCCUCUCUUGGCAACACUUUCUAACAUCGAAUAACCCUCAUCACCAACAAAUAGUCUUCCUUAUUUUGAAAUGAACACCCUCAGGCUCCAUUUCACUGCUGAUGCUCUUUCUCUGCGCUCAGAGAGGGUGAGAAGAGCUAAUCAGUUUUGGUAUAAAACGAACAUGCAGAUGCACAAAAAUCACUACUAAAUGGCCCCACACUCAGCCUUCUCUACCCGGAGCUGAGCAGUCCUUGUUUCAAUGUUUUCAGAGAUCUUACUGCCCAUGUUUUAAUGGUGUGGCCUUUCCACAUAAUCCACCUUCAGUUCUCUCUGCAUUCUCACAUAGUUGUGGAAGUAAGAACACCACACAGUUCACACUUGAAUCAGGGUCCAGCCUUUUCUUUAAGAAGGAAUUGUAUUCUACACACCUAAUAAUUUCUCAUAACUUUUUAAACCUACAGUGCUACACUGCUACUUUCUUGUAGCCAACUACAUACAAGUCUGAAUCAAGUCUGUUUGCCUUUGGGAUUCUGGGAUUUGACUGUGUCCAUACGAGGAUUAGCUGUCAUUUCUCUCACGUCUGUGAACAACCCAACUAGAUAACUGAAGCUCCAAAAUUCAGGUUUUGGCUUUUUAAAUUCUCUUUCUCGAUUAUAUCUUCGACCUGUAUAGACACAGCCAAAAAUAAACUUAAUAGCCAUCCAGCCACGUGACUCUGUAUUCUAUUAACAUACCAAUAGUUCUUUUCUAGAACUUGUGGUAAAUGAAGAUUAAGAGACCAGGUUUUAUUUUUAGCAUUCCUUAUGCAUUUUAGUGGGAACUGAAAAAUAAUUUGUCAAUCAUUAAUUGUGUGCCAAGCACUCCUAAUUUUUAUCGUGUGUGUGUUCGUAUAUGUAUCACAGGUAAUAAAGGCAACUGGAUUAUGUCUGUAGGAGGGAAAAAUAAUGACCAAUUGCUUUUUGAAAUUUUUCAUUGAUGCACAUUUAUUAUGCAAGAGAUUCUGUUUUGAUUCCUGCUAUUAGUGCCCAUUAGUAUAUGGAUAUCUUUCUGAACUUUUGUAAUUCUUGCCUUUACACCUAUGUGACAGACUCAGCCAAUGUCUUCUUGUGAUGAUUUGAAUGGAGUUUAAAGGUUUACUUAAGUGAAAAAGAAAGUUUAUUUGGGGAGUUAUCAAGAGAAGUAUCAUUUAUAAAUUUAAGUGGUGGUCUUUUAUGUGUUAAUAUAUUAGCAGACAUUUGAUCUUAACUACAACAUAGCUUUGUAAAGCCUACCAAUAUGUCUUCAUUAUUUUUA